AUGGCUAACCCUUUUGGCCCCACGAGUCCCAGACUCGAAUCGGUUAACAUUGAGCCAAUGUUGGUGAUCGCCGGCGGCUCAAAACUCCUGAGGGAUAGGGCCAAAGAGUAUGCAUAUGGAUUGAAGAAGAUGGAAGGGAAAAAAGUAGAUUACAUUGAAUUCGGAAACGAGGAACUUGGAUUCUACAACCACAAUCCAUCUUCCGAUGCUACGGAACAGCUUCUUCGUAUCAUUAGAGACUUUAUGGACAACCUCUCUAAUAUAUUUUAG